AAAACUCCCGGCCCCAAAUAAAUUGAGCUUCGGUGCCGAAUAUCUUAACCCCUCCAUCUUUUCUCCGAAGAAUCAACCAGACAGCUUCAAAUUCACGUUCACACAUCUCACUACUCGUUUCUUUUCUCAAUUUCGCACUCUUCUCUCAAUCAAAUUCAAUGUCGGUUACUCUGCACACAAACCUAGGUGAUAUCAAGUGCGAAAUCUUCUGCGACGAAGUCCCUAAAACCUCCGAGAACUUUUUAGCGCUGUGUGCGAGCGGUUACUAUGAUGGGACUAUAUUUCACCGCAAUAUUAAAGGUUUUAUGAUUCAAGGUGGAGACCCAACUGGUACUGGCAAAGGAGGGACUAGCAUAUGGGGCAAGAAAUUCAAUGAUGAGAUAAGAGAAUCUUUGAAGCACAAUGCAAGGGGAAUGUUGUCAAUGGCUAACAGUGGUCCAAAUACAAACGGAAGUCAGUUCUUCAUAAGUUAUGCAAAGCAGCCGCAUUUGAAUGGACUAUACACUGUGUUUGGAAGAGUAAUUCACGGAUUUGAAGUUCUUGAUCUCAUGGAAAAGACUCCAACAGGGGCACAAGAUCGACCACUUGCAGAGAUAAGGCUCAAUCGUGUAACAAUGCAUUCUAAUCCACUUGCUGGUUAGACUGGUUUCUACAGUUUCUUGUAAAAUUGCCGUUUCAGUUUCCCAAAACAAUAGAUCUAACUAAGUAGAGUCAAAGAUGAUUCUUACAUGCCGAAUUGAGUACUUGGUCAUAUCUUCUUCUGACUCAAAGAUUUAAUCUGGUAAAAUAGUAUAAUGUACAUCAAACAUAUUUGAGACAAUUUUGUGUGAUGACAAAAGUUACUUGAGUUUCUUAGCUUUAAAUA